AUGGUGGAAUCCACUCAAUUUCCAUCAACUUCAAUGCGACAUUCAAUAGCUAUUUUGCCAGAAGAACUUAUGACUGAAAUACUUUCAAGGCUUCCAGUGAAACUUCUCUUGAAAUUCAGGUCUGUUUCUAAAUCUUGGCUUGCUUUAAUAUCUAGUCCUGAAUUUAUCAAGACCCAUCUUAGUGUAUCUGCUAAUAACAAAGAAUACACCCACCAUAGGCUUAUGUUGCAAUUUAUUGAACCUGGAUCCAUUUACAAGCUUAAGGAAUGUGCCCUUUGCUCUUUAUUGGAUGGGUCUGUUGUGGAAGUAUCAGAAUUGAAUAAUCCACCUGGGAAAUUUUGGGCUGCUAUGGGUUCUGUGAAUGGAUUGGUUUGUCUUGUCAAUGGAUUGUGUAUUUCUUUGUCAAUUACAAAAAAAAAAGUGGUUCUAUGGAAUCCAUCCAUUAGAAAGUAG